AAAACAAAACCGACAGAGGAUAUGGAAAGCGAAUUCCCCAAGUCCCAGAUCGCCGGCGUACAAACCGUGAUACCGGCGAAGGCCACUCUUCACCGGAAAGUUCGGCCCAUAUCCGCCGAAGAUGCCGCCGGAGCAGGAAUAUUCCGGCGGACCCUCGACAUCGUUUUGUACUACAAACACGGCAGCGGCGACACUGAUUCUGGAUGGGUGGGCGCCGGGUGGAUCAAGGAGUCGCGCGGAAGAGCCCUGACGGAGCAACCGGCGCUCAGCGGCCGUCUGCGUCGGCGGAAGGCAGAGGAAGACGGCGGAGGACUGGAGGUGGUUGCCAACGACAGCGGCGUCCGGCUCGUGGAGGCCAAGUUUCCGGCCAGCAUGCCGGAAUUUCUCGAGCUGGCGAAGAGAGACAUGGCAAAAGCUGAAGCCGAGACAUUGUUCUGGAGAGAUAUCGAUGAAGAUGAUCCCCAGUUCUCACCCUUGUUCUAUGUUCAGGUGACAAAUUUUGAGUGUGGUGGAUACUCAGUUGGGAUAAGCUGCAGCAUUCUUCUAGCUGACAUUAUUAUUGGGACAGACUUCAUAAGAAGAUGGUCUGAAAUCCAUUCCUCAAUAUUAUUACACAAUAACGACGAGCCCACGCCAACACCAGUCUUUUACCUUCCUGCCCUCAAACAAGACAUAUCUUAUCUCUCUACUCUCUCCACCUCGGUUUCCAUCCGCAGCGUCUCCGAACCUGUCGUUUUCCGCGCUAAACCCACGAGUUUAGGCUCUGAAAUCCGCGAGAGAUUCGCAUCGAUCCACACGGAAAAGGUCCUGGGGUCAGAACUGGUUGGUAGAUCAUGUCCGGACGUUUUCUUGUUUGUCAAGGAACAAGGCGACGAGAAGCUAGAGGUCCGAUCAAGGUCAUACGGCGGAGAGGUGAGCCAUGAGAAUGACGAUGAUGGUGAUUUCGAGGAAUCUGCACAGUUUAGUGAACUUAGUUUUUGGCCAGGGAAAAGACCAAACCAUAGUUCGUGUAAAAUCGGUUCUGUUUCCGACGGGCUUGUGUUAGUUGUUCCAUACCCAUGCGGCGAUGAUGACGACAUGUCUAAGUCUAUGGUCAAAAUGAUCGUGGCAUCGCCUCCAUGAUAUCUAUUAAAACGAUGUUUCGCAUUCGUUCAAUUAAUCUUGUCGAUAACAUA